GCCUUUACCCGGCUGUGGCCUUUACCCCGCCGCGGCAUCCCGCAGCCCCGGCCCCGCUGCCGCGCCCUCCCCAUCCCCACCGCCAUCCGCGGGUGCCUCUCGCCUCCCCCGUGAGCUGGAGGACGAGCCCCCACCACCCGCACCGGGCAGGGAGCACGUUCCCCGAGGCGCUGCCGGCCAAGCUGCUGGCCGAAGCCACGUCUCAGGCGUGCCGGGCCGCGGCACGGGUUGGCAGCGCCAGUGUGGUGCCGCUGCCAUGGGGAGCAGAGCCUGUCUUGUGCCCACCCCAGCAUGGUGGGGCAGCCCUGCAAGAUGGGCAGGGAGAAGCUGCCUCGCAGGGGUGAGCAGGGCAAGAGGGAGUGGGGCCAUGUUUUCCUUGCGCUUCGAAGCCCAGUUAGUGGGUGGGCUCGGGCAACUGCCCAAGGGGCCUGUGGCUGCCGGUGCUUCAGGGGUUAAAUCAAUGCACCACAAAUUGAGGAACAAGAUUAAGGAAUAAGGGAUCCUACUAAAUUCCUCGUGAUCCCAAGCCAUGAGUCACUCUAGAGAGCAAUAAGCCGGGAGGCGAGACCACCAUCACUGGACAGAGUGGCAAAGGAGCACAGCGCCGUGGACUCUGGCUUCCUGGCGAUGGAGAGCAGCUCUUCUUCCACUUCCCCCUUCCCUGCCAGUUCCCCCACUGUGCCGCUGGAGAAUGCCACUGCCCACGACUACUACUCCAGCCUCCAGAAGAGCAUGCACAUCCUCUCCAUGGUGGUGUAUGGCAUUGCCUGCCUGCUGGGGGUGACAGGCAACGGCCUCGUCAUCUGGAUCACUGGCUUCAAGAUGAAGAAGACGGUGAACUCUGUCUGGUUCCUCAACCUUGCCGUUGCUGAUUUCAUCUUCACCUUUUUCCUGCCCCUCAGCAUUGCCUACACCGCCCUGGGCUUCCACUGGCCGUUUGGGAAGCUCCUGUGCAAGCUGAAUAGCACCAUCGCCUUCCUCAACAUGUUCGCCAGCGUCUUCCUCCUGACGGUCAUCAGCAUGGACCGCUGUGUUUCAGUCGCCUUUCCCGUCUGGUGUCACAACCGCCGGAGACCGGAGCUGGCGGCCAGGAUCGCGCUGGGGACGUGGGUCCUGGCUCUCCUCCUCAGCUCCCCGUACCUCGUCUUUCGGGACACUGUGGUCAGUUCCAGGAACGUCACCACCUGCUAUAAUAAUUUUGCGCUGUCCGACGACUACACGACCGAGGGAACGCGGAGGCUGUGGAGGGUGCGCCACAAAGCCAUGAUCGUAACGCGGUUCUUGUGUGGGUUCCUCAUCCCUUUCACAGUGAUUCUCAUCUGCUACAGCAUUGUUGCUGUCAAACUGAAAAGGAGGCAGUUAGCCAACUCUGCGAAGCCGUACCGAAUUAUCAUUGCUGUCACCGUCUCCUUUUUCCUCUGUUAUUUCCCCUACCAUGUCUUCUCCUUGCUGGAAAUAUCCAAAAAUUCUUCCAGCCAUGAGAUGAAAAUGGCCCUUUACAUAGGGAUCCCCUUGGUUUCCAGCCUUGCUUUCUUCAACAGCUGUAUCAACCCCAUCCUGUAUGUAUUUGUGGGGCCAGAUUUCAAGGAGAAGUUUUGCCAGUCCAUUCUGUCCACCUUUGAAGGGGCCUUCAGCGAGGAGUCUGUGCUGGGUAGCCUGGCCAGCAGGCGAAAGUCCAGGUCUGCUUCGGAAGCAGAGAUCCCAAGGGUCUGAGCAGGUGGGUGCUGGUGUGGAGGGGCAGCUUCUGCUCUCUGCAUUUUCCCCUCAUUUCUGAGCUGCAGUUGUAGGACUGGGGACUACAAAGGGCUGUGCACGCUAGCAAAAUGUGACUUGACAUUUUGGAGGUAUCUCAAACUUAUGGUGACUUAAUAUAUUAUGAAAAUGAAACAACCAUCUGGAGCUGCAACAGGGUGGGAAAGUCAAAGUACAUUUUGCUCCUUGUGCUACUUCUGUGGCUGUUUCCCUGUAUCUUUUCCAUCCCCUCUGGUCCAUCAUACAAUGUCUCCCUGGCUGGCCAUGCUGAGGGCAACCACAGCCUGGGUGGUGGCUGCAGUCCUCAGACGUGGUUGCCUCAGCGCUGCUGAUGUGUUACAGCUUCCAGUUUCUUACAGACCACCCUUCACAUAAAAUGCACCAGACUUGUGGCUCGGUUGGCAGAGCUCCCUUUGCAGUCCUCUCCUCCUGGCUCCCAAGGAGGGAGCUCUCAGGUGCUCUCCAUGCUGCCCAGCUGGGCCCAGGGUCACCAGGGUGGCAUUUGGGAACAAAUGCUAUUUGCAGCUCCACUGGGUUCAUCUGCCUACAGUGCAUUUGCACGUGGCGAGCUGAUGGGAGAUCUUCUGUGCCCUUGCCAGACUUUCCUGGCAGCUCAUCUUGGUGGGGCUUCCACCGUGAGGCAAAAUGAGUGCAGCUGCAGUGGUGGAAUACAGCUGUGCUGGAGGUGUAUGGCUGUGCUGGCAUUUUGGCUGUCCAGAGGAGAGGAGGGUGGGGAGAGCUCUUCCCAAAGUCCCUUGUAAUUAAAUCAGUAAAGAAAAUACAGAAGUCCUUUCCCAUGUAUCAUUCCAGUUGACAAAUGGGCUGCUAAAGCUUAAGGAGAAAAUAAUCUUUAAAAAGCAGCACGAAUUUGCAGUGGAAUCCCUUGAAGGCACUCCCACACAUGUAUCUUUUAAACAAACAGGGUUACAUGAACUCGCUACAUGUGUUUUUGUAGGGUCUGGAAUAGCUAGUAAGACACUCAUCUUUUCUCUGCCCAGAUGUGUGGCAGGGCAAAUUACUGAUUGUGCUCCCGUUACUCUGGUUUAAAGUUUAUACAGCAUAACUGUUUCUGAGCAAUGCUUGUCUGUGUCUGUGCUUGCCGUGUCUGCAGCCCUGAAGUAGUGGGGAUCCAACCUUUUGUACUGUUGGUGAACAAAUACCAAACCCCAUUAAACAGAUGUAAAAUGUA